GAGGCUUGCCCCCCACCCCCCACCCCGGUCUCGUGUGUGCCAUGUCUGGUUCCUCCAGCGUCGCCGCUAUGAAGAAAGUGGUUCAGCAGCUCCGGCUGGAGGCCGGCCUCAACCUAGUGAAGGUUUCCCAGGGAGCUGCAGACUUGAAACAGUUUUGUCUGCAGAAUGCUCAACAUGACCCACUGUUGACUGGAGUAUCUUCAAGUACAAAUCCCUUCAGACCCCAGAAAGUCUGUUCCUUUUUGUAGGAAUCCUUCAGAGGGUUCCUGAACCACUUCUCAUUAACCGGUGAAUAUUCAUUCAUUCAAGAGAGCUAAAUUUGAAGCCUGUACAAAAGCUUCCCUUAACACGUGCCAUAAUAUACAAACUUCUACUUUUGUCAGUCCUAACAUCUACCUCUCUGAAUUUUCAUGAAUUUCUAUUUCACAAGGGUAAUUAUUUUAUAUACACUGGCAGCAGCAUACAAUAAAAUACUUAAUAUA